AUGGUAAAAGGUCAGAAGUCAUCUGCUUCCUCGGGAACCAGAAAGAAAAAUGCACGCAAGGCUGCUGGUGGCCCCCAAACGCCAGAACCCAUCCCCAAGGAGAAGAAACCAAAGGCAAAGGGCAAGGGUCAGAAGAAAGAGCCAAAGAAAAAGGUGUACAUACCUCCAGUCAAACCUGCACCGAUCCAACCUGAUCCGCUGGAUACAAUGGGACUGGUCCAUCAGUUACCUCCUGAGCUCGUCGUUGCUCUCAGGGCACUGGGGAAAAAGGACCCAGUUACAAAAGCGAAGGCAAUCGAAGAACUGCAAUCGAAAUGGGUUGAUGAAUUGAAGAGAGAAGGUGACGAUAGUCCGCUAUCGUUCGUAUUGGUCACUAUGCUUCCAGUGUGGCUUCACCGCGUCCCAGUUUUAUUUACUCACCCUGCGAGGCGAAUUCGCCUUCUGGCUGCGAGUUUGCACGCUUCACUCCUACGGAUACAACCUGUGCGAGAGGCUACAGUGGGUUUCAUCCAAGAAUCAGCUACCAUCGAGCACGUCGAGUCUCUACUUGGCACCUGGUGCAUGAGCUCAUACGAUAUAGAUCGACAAGUCGCAUCUUUUGGUCAAAAGUCUUGGUCCUAUACUUUCUCCUCACAAAGAGAGAACGAUAGGGUAGUAAUUGACAUGGAUAAAUUACAAACCAUCACAUCUUUUAUUCAAAAAGCUUUACUGGAUCCAAACGGGAUAUAUUUAUAUCUGAAUCCUGUUCCGCCUGUUGCUGCUCCCCCUGCUAAGAAGCCAGGUAGUCGACCGAUGCCCGCGUCCAAAUCCGAUAACGUGGAGCACAACAGAUCACGAGCUGAAGGAGAAGAGGAGAGUGAAAUGGACAGAAACGCACGACUUCGAGUCAGCGCUUUUGGAGCUUUCAGAUGGAUGCUAGAUUCCCGUGCUGCUAUUUCCGCCGACUCCUUGGGAGAGCUGACAGAGUUCCUGUGCAAUCCUGCACUGUGGUCAUCCCUUUGUCCCGCCCAGCACUGUCCAUACGUUGACAUGGAAAGUUUCGGUUUCGGUCAACCUUUGGUGCGUCAAAAUGCGUGGGUUCUGCUAUCACUGUUAAUGCAACGCUGGAAAGGAUCGCUGGAACAUAUGCUGCCCAUCCUUAGUACAGCUGUACUGCGUUCUGCAUGGAUUGAUACAGACGUCACAGUCAGAAAUACAAUGUCGCGGCCCCUCUUAUUAUUCUUAAAAGAGUUUCCCAAAUCAUGGGUAUUGGAUAGCGCAUUCAAUUCCCCUAAACACGACGCAGAUUCUGAUUCUGAAGAUAGCGACACAGAAGAAGAAAAGGAAGCUGAUCCUGUACUUCCGCGAGGUGUAGGAAAUAGUGGAUCAUCCCUUGCAUAUAACGAGUUCCUUCAGUUCUUAGAGUUAGGCUGCUCGGGAUCUCCUACGGAAGGAUAUCCAAUUGUCAUAAUCAUUCUCUCGACAAUCCCUUCUUCUAUUCUUUCAGCGUCACGUUCUUCACCACUAGGCGACUUCUUUUCCUCAUUUUGGGCCGCUCUAGAUGGCCGUGCUCUCAGUUCCACAGAGCGUAAAGCACCUUCUACCGCCUUUUUAUCCUCUCUCCUUGAAUCUAUGGUAUUUUUACUGCGUCGUGUCCUUGGAGGCUCUCAGGGUCACACUGUCCUUCUUUCAUCUACCGGGCCUCAGGAAUCAAGUAUACAACCUACUGAGGCAGCAAAAAGUGUGAUCAAAGAACAGUUUGUUAGGUUGUGGGACGAGCUUGCGGCACAAAGGCUGAGAGUAGGAGAGGCAGAUGCUGGCAAGUUGAUGGCACAGACUUUGGUGACCCUGAAUAAUAUGGACAGCGGGUUAUUCAACGAAGCCUGGGAAGCAAUAGUCGGUGGCGUCAACGAUAAAUACUCAGUCUCAGUGUCCCUGAUCUCGAGCAUCUUGAAAGUUUUCGCGGAUCAAUUCGUGGAGGAGACUGCUCCUGCUAUCGCUACUCUCAAGCUUAUUGGAAAGGUCGUGGAGAUGUCUGUAAGCCAGUGUGAGAAGGCACUGGAUUCUGAAGAUGCUGAACUAUCAACACAUAUCUCAUCGCUUAUCAUACUCAUCGAUACCUUUGGAAUCUCGUUGUUCCAACGCCACGAGUUCUCCCUGCGUAUGGAUGAUAUGAUUAUAUGUCAUGCUCUGAAGGUCCUCCAAACUUCCUACAAGUUGAUACUUGCCUAUCUUUCCUAUCGCGAUGACCCCGAAAGAUGUUCUGAGCUGUGGCAUUCCAUUCUUUACGGUCUUUCAGGAAAUCCGCACGUCAUUUUAUCCUCUCUUCCUCCCUUGUUGGAUGCUUCCAGGAAGGGUAUACUAGCAGAGUAUCUACAACCAGAGGAAGAUGAAUUGGAUGGCGUAGUAGAGCGAAUCUUCACCCAAGUUCUUGACGGUGCGACUCAAUCUAGGGAAGUCACACUUAUUCGUCAACUUCUUCAUACCCCUGAACAUUUUCUGUCAAAGAAUGGGUUUCAUAACUUGUCGCAGACCCUUGUCCACUCCUUCACCUCGCGACUGGUACAAGCACUGUCCGACCCUUUGCCAGAGUUAAGUCUGCAUCUAGAACUGAUCGCAGGAGUCCUAGACACCCAUCCCUCGGUUAUUUCACCCGACACGAUAUUACCCAGUGUAUUUCUUGCCGCAUAUCUCUUCCCUAUUUCCUUUAAGCAGGACGUCUCAUCCACCGCAACUGCUCGCACCAUUUGGACUUCUUGGGUUACACAUGCACCAGAGAAUCAACGAAGUACUAUUUCAAACUUGAUCAAAGAGAAACUGCGCGACCUUCUCACCGAAUGCUCGAUGCAGCCAAAGCCGGAACAUAUUAUCCAGUUGGUUACUGAGGGUUGUCCUGGUAUUCAAUUUGACGUACUUGCUGACGUUUUCCCAUCCUCCGAAGAACUCGACUCCAUGUUGAGCGACCUUCCUUCAGAGCCUGCUGAGCCGAGUCUGGCCUUAUUUGAAUCACUCAUUCCUCCUGCCAUGGAAUUCGAGGAUGGCCGUCUUUCAGGGGCAACGUAUGACCGAAAGGGAUAUUCGCCAUACGUCCGUGUGGUAUCGACUCUCCUCCAUGUCCUUAUCGACAGUAGGCAACUCUCAAGGGAUAACCUCUGGGCUUUGCGUCACAUCCUUGCUCUAUCAGAUUUUGUCAACGAUUUCCUCAGAGUCCCUUCAGUACCUAGCGGUUUACUACACUCAACAGCCCUCACGUCUGAACUCACCGUUAUGAUCACCAAGGCUCACCAAUUAACCACUUACCUGUUGACAUCCUUAACGGAAGAUGCGUUGCAUACCAAGGUCAUCACUGCUCUAUCAGAUCGGUCGAAGACAGUGGAUGGCCUUCCGAAGUUAAUAGUAGAUCUCGUCAAUCACGCGGCGGCCGAGGAUACUAUUAGAGAUUCGCGCAUUUUAAGCAGUGUUUUACAGCAUAUAUUCGCAAACGCAACAAAGGGAGAUGCUGACAGUUGGAUGGUGCUAGCUCGAAAGUUUGAAAAGACAGCACCACAAACAUCCCUAUCCAUCAUGUCAUCAAUUACAAGAUUUGCUCCGGAACCAUCGCGCCUUGACCGCUACAGGAACGAGCUCGCAGCCAACAUGUUGGGUAUCUCCGGAAAUAAAGUCAGCACCGAAGGAUUGUUGACUUUGCGGAAACUUGUGGCAGUGGCUCCUGACCCUGAUUCUGAAGUAGUCUUUUUACCUCAACAGCGAGCUGUAAACGUGAUGAAGGCAUGUCAGGAGUGGAUCACGUCUGACGAAGAGGUAAAUGAAGAAGUGGAGAGUAUGAUGACCCUUCUUUUCUACCAUCUGGCACCUAUUCUGCAAAAUGUCCCAGGAUCCCACUGGGAGCUCGUAUUCGAUGUGAUAGAGAACAAUCUAGAGCAUUGUUCUAUUUCAGAUAAUACUACAUUAGUGACUUUGGGGAGGUCCCUACAGUUAAUUAUUAUAAUACAGGAUCUCGUUACCACGAACAAAGCACUUAGAGCAGAGUGGGAGGAAAGGCAGUUAUCAAUUCUCACCCUAGUGAAGAACAUUGUAACUUCCAGACUUGAUGAUGCUGGUAUCUCGGCGGCUCGAUCUUUAUGCCGCGAACUAGCCCUUUCAGUGAUCCAGGAUGAUCCAAAGUCUCUUGUAGACACCAACACUCUCGCAGAGAUGUGUCACCUCUUGUCCGAUCCGUCCACCGUAGUCCAAAAGACGGCUUAUACGCUGCUUCACGAAGCCGCACGGAAGAAGACCGAAUAUUACGUUAUAGAGGCUGCAGUUGAUACUGAGGACGCUGUCACCGCCGAGCUUCCCAUGGAACUGCUUGUUCUCUUACAGCGAACACUCCAGCUUGGAGAUGAUUUCACUCAGGAGAAUCCCGAUGAUAGUCCAGAGUCAUUGCACACGCACCACCAGGAAAUUUUGGGAUAUUUGCUUUCGUGGAUGGUCGCUUUCGAUUUAUUCAUUGAUGCGUCAAUGAAAGUCAGAUCGAGUUACUUUAACCACAUGAGAAGUCUAGAUAUCAUUUCAACUCAUUUUAUCCCAAACAUCUUCGACAUCCUGGACAUAUUUGGCGGGAAUAAAAAGGCGUUUAAGCUAGAUGUAUGGACAACUGACGAAUACUACCUUGACAUGUAUGAGCCAGACAGUGCACUCAGCGCUCGUCUUCUUGCUGCGCACCUCUAUUACCGUGCUCUUGUAACAGUACCCGCUCUUAUCCGCUCUUGGGUGUCGGACUGCACCGACAAACAGUUACUGGCACGUGUCAUCGCUUACACGUCUUCUUACUUUUCUCCGGUGAUCAUCAAGGCCGAACUUGCUCAAGUGCGGGAUUCCGAGGCUUCUACAGAAUUGGCUGCAACGGAGAACCUCGCCGUCAAGGUGGCACCUGCGGCAUCUGAGGUUACAGCGUCCUACACCGUCGACGAGCAUGCACUUGAGCUCACGCUACGAAUGCCAUCGGACUGGCCACUACAUAGGAUGGAGAUACGGGACACAAAACCAGUGGGUGUAUCAGAAGAUCGAUGGAGAGGAUGGGUACUGGGGGUGCAGCAAAUCGUCUGGCAGCAGAAUGGUCGUGUUGUAGACGGGCUAACCCUUUUUACCAAAAAUGUCACUUUGCACUUCGCGGGUCAAGUGGAAUGUGCCAUUUGUUACUCAAUCAUCAGCAUGAUGGAUGGAGGCCUACCCCAGAAGCCCUGUAAAACAUGCAAGAAUCGAUUUCAUGCUGGUUGUCUAUAUAAGUGGUUCAAAUCAAGUCAUUCAUCAAGCUGUCCUCUGUGUCGCUCCGAUAUACUCUAGACCGCUGUUUUCAGAUGAUCAGCUAUAAUCAUGUGUAGGCGAGAUAUAGAUAGAUAAAGAAGUCCACUCGAUCAAUGUAGCUGUAAUUUUAGUCGUCUUUCUUAUAUCUUUUGUUCGGAUCCUUCCGCACAUAAUGCAUGAUGCAUGGUGCUUCUUGGGCUCCUUGGUGAAUUGCAUCGACGGUUU